UGUUACUCUCAACUUCCUGUUUACCGAUCGCGCUCACCUCGGGACGGUGCACCGAUUGCAACACUUCUCCGUCGUGUUGUUUCUGAUCAGCAUCGAUCCGUUAUUAUCGUUAUUGCCGUUAUUGGUCAGUCUUAGAACGUUCAGCAGCUCGUCGUUUCCGGUGUCACUACUCCCGCCACACGAGCACGUGACAUUGAGUGAGCGCGAGCAGGCCAGGAGUCCUGGAGGUUUCCUGAGGGGGCAGAGGGACCAGGACCAGGACCGGGGGCCAAGGAGCUGAGGCAGAAGGACCAGGACCAGGACCGGGGGCCAAGGAGCUGAGGCAGAAGGACCAGGGGCUAAGGAACCAGGACCAGGGGCUACGGUGCUGAGGCGAAGGAAUCAGGACCGGAGGCUAAGGAGCUGAGGCUGAGGAACCAGGACCAGGGGCUACGGUGCUGAGGAACCAGGACCAGGGGCUAAGGAGCUGAGGCGGUGGGAACAGGGGCUGAGGAGCUGGGAUGUGGGACAGGACGGGUGGUUCCGCGGUGGGUUUAGAUUGACGCUAACAAGAUAUAUAUCCUACCGAGACUAACACAGACAAGCAACAAACCAGUCUAACAGCUAGCCACACAGUGUUGACACUCGGCAGGGGUUGCUGGUUCACAGGCUGGCUAACGGGGUGCGUGUAAAGGGGGUCUGAACUCGGGAGGAAAGCCCGCCCCCCUGAAGCGGGCAGUCAGGAAGAAGCUGGCGGGGAAGGGAUGGCCUGGCCGGUCCUCCCGCCCCAGAGUACACGGUGCUGCGGUUUUUGAAGGAGGGACAGUCCGCCUGGAGCCCACGGGGGGUCGCGGCAGAAUGAUGGCCGGGUCACCCUCCUCGUCCGGGAGCUUCACGUCUCCUGUGCUCUCGAUCAAGAAGGGCGAGGAGAUCGUGGAUUUGAUCGAUUUGUUUUCUAAGAUACAGUACAGAGCAAAAGAAGUCAGUCCUCGGGUGGACGCAGUGGAGAAGCGAUGCUUGGAGCUCUUUGGAAGAGACUACAAGUACAGUGUCAUCCAUAACACCAAUGGAGAGGUCUGCGGCCACUACCCCCGCCAGAUAGUCUACCUGGAGUAUGAAUGCAUGGAUUCUCAGAGAGACCGGUUUCAGAGCUCGGUACAGAUCAGUAAGCUUCAGGACCUGGUGAACAGGAGCAAGCUGGCGCGCUGCAGAGGAAGGUUCGUCUGCCCGGUCAUCCUCUUCAACGGCAAGCACAUCUGUCGGUCCUCCACGCUGGCGGGCUGGGGGGAGCUUUACGGACGCACCGGCUACAACUACAUUUUCUCAGGGGGCAGUGACGACACGUGGACUGAACAGGACGAGGUCUUGGAAGAGGACAGUGCUGCCAGGAACAGUGAAUCACAGCUCUUCGACAAGGUGCGCGGCCACGACAUCAAGCUGCUGCGCUACCUGUCUGUGCGCUACAUCUGUGACCUCAUGGUGGAGAACAAGAAGGUCAAGUUCGGCCUCAAUGUAACUUCCUCUGAAAAGGUGGACAAGGCCCAACGCUAUGCAGACUUUACCCUGCUCUCUGUGCCUUACCCAGGGUGUGAGUUCUUUAAGGACUACAAAGACAGAGACUACAUGGCCGAUGGACUGGUUUUCAAUUGGAAUCAGGACUAUGUGGACGCUCCUUUGACGAUCCCCACAUGCUUUACUCCCAACUUGAACAUUGACUGGACCGAAUACCAGUCGUGGGACCUGGUAGUGCAGACCCAGAACUACCUGAAGCUGCUGCUCCACAUCAUCAACAGUGAUGAUGAGAGUGGUCUCCUAGUGCAUUGCAUAUCAGGCUGGGACCGCACGCCUCUGUUUGUCUCCCUGCUCAGGCUCUCCCUGUGGGCGGAUGGUGCUGUUCAUGCCAGCCUUCAGCCAGCGGAAAUCCUGUACCUGACCAUCGCCUAUGACUGGUUCCUCUUCGGCCACAUGCUGCCUGAUCGACUCUCCAAAGGGGAGGAGAUCUUCUUCUUUUGCUUCAAUUUUUUGAAGCACAUUGUCUCAGAGAAGUUCUCUGCCAUUAGGAAGCCCAGAAGGAAGAACUCCCACUUCAAAGACAAUGAUUUCACUGUAGAUGACCUCUGCCAGUUAAAGUCCAGGGACCGCGGCAGCGUGACCAGCCUGAGCAGCGACUUCUCCCUCAUCACCGAGGAGACAGGAGGGGGCGUGGCCGGGGGCGGAGCCUCCAGCCUUACCACCGACGUGGCCGAGCUGCAUCCCAGGAAGAAGGGCCCCACCUCAUCGCCCCAGACAAUGGUGUGGAGUAAGCCCCCCCACCUGGAGGACCACCUGUACCACCCGCUGGGCGAGGCCCGGUCUUCCAGCUCCUCCUCCUCCAACCAAUCGGAGCAGGGCAUCACGCGUGCAGGGAGCAGCCCGUUGGCCGUCCCUGGCAGAAGGUUAGCGGCGGAGUACCCCCGCUCCGGCUCCUCCCUCUCCACCGACUACGGCAGCUGGCAGAUCGUGUCGGGCUGCGGCAGCAUCCAUGACCACGGCCACUUCAUGCCUCCGGCCUCCGCCUCCUCCACCUCUUCCUGCGCCGUGGCCUCCGCCGCCUACGACCCACCCCUCCCCUUCAGCUUCCAGGACGAGGGCCCCAGCGGGCGCAUGUGUGGCUUCCUGUCGGAGCGUCAGGCCCGUCUGGAGGCGGUGCGGGAGCUCUUCCUGGCCGCCUACAGCUCCACCGUGGGCCUCAAGUCGUCGGCCCCCAGUCCCUCCGGAGCCAUCUCUGGGCUCCUGGAGCAGUUUGCCCGCGGCGUGGGCCUCCGGGGAACCAACAACAUCGUGUGACUGAGUCCCCUCCUGCUGCUCCCAGCUCCCCGGUCCGUCCGUUGCCCCCUGACGCUCAGCUGAUACGCCCUAACUGCUCCGGACAUUUCGCAUUAAAGUGCCAAAAAAGAUUUAUUCGAUUCUGGGGCUGAAAUGUUUAUUUUUUUAUUCUGAUUAAUUUUUUGUUCAUCCUUUUAAUUACAUUUAAAAGGCUCUUUCUUAUAUUUUGAGUUUUUUUAUGUAUUUGUCUCCUGCACAUUGAAACGUACCCCUGUGGGUCUUCAGUUCAGUGUGUUCAGGGCAGCUCUGUAUCGCCUCGGGGCUCCACGGUGUCACCACGUAGGGGACGUGAACGUGGCCCCCUUCACGAGACAGCCUCCUCUCUGCAGGCCCUUCUUCCUCCUCUCAUCCUCCUCUCAUGCGAGUCUCACGUCCGUCGCUCGUGGUGCUGCUGUUCUUCUCCACUGAUCUGGACGGUCCAUCUGAUCGAUCCGCCGAGAUCAAUUGCUCUUCAUGUGUUCACACGGACACGCCACUCGUUGAAGAAAAGAAUGAAUAAGAAAAGGUAACUGUUUCAUAACGGCUUUAGUGGACGGUUCGGUUCAGUACGAGCAGGCUUGGUGGUGGACGUCUGUUGUCGUGAGUCCAAUCAAGAGGAGAUCAAUUCUGCUGUUGUGAUCCUGUCAUUGACAGCAUCACCUGGUUUCACCUCGUUCAGGGAGCCCCUCCCUGAUUACCUCAUUAAACGUCAAGAUUUCAACGGCCAAACUGUGUUCCCAUGGUAGCCAGGGGUCUCACAGCGUGUGGUGGUCUGUGGGAGCGCUGUCAGGUGGCCCCUCGGUCUGGAGCCAGGCUCACUUUCUGUUUUGAUCAUUUACACACACAUGGGCGGGGCUGCUCCUCUGGUGUGUGUGUGUGUGUGUGUGUGUGUGUGUGUGUGUGUUUGUGUGUGUGUGUGUGUGUGUGUGUGUGCGUGAGAGAGCUGUUAGAUGAUGACAUGAUAUUCUAGCAUUACUUUCUCAGAGGAGGUCAUCACUAUAUCGGUUCAUUAUCAAUAUGCGUUUGCUAACAUCGCUCCACCUCAGGAUCUUGGUGCCUUUCUUCUCAGCAGCUCUACUGUGAGGCUGAGGACAGACGUAUUACACCUUCCUUCAACAAGAGUCCUCCAUUGGCGUUGGGUAUAAUCAUCCUGUCACUGACGGGGCCACAGGUCGUUAUGUUGGCUCAUCGUCUCAAUAAUUGGGUAGCAGAUCAUUAACGGGGGAAGAGGGAUUCAGGAAGAACACAAUGCAUCCCCCCUUGUGGGUUUUAAACUAGCUGAGGUUUUUGAUCUGGCUUCAGCACAACACAAGGACUUGAACAACCACCGCUUCUAACGCCACUUUCACGUCUUCAGUUUGGAAUGGGGAAUGAACCCGUCAACUCUUAGAUUUCCCUUUUUAAGUUGUUUUUCAAUGUAUGUGUGGUAGGGUUGAAUGUUUGCUUUAAAUAUAUCAUGCAUUAAGGCCCCUUUUAUCAUGCAUUCUCUAAUAAGUAAAAUCACAGAGAAAAGUUCUGAAAUAAUUGUAUUUAAAGUGUUGAUGGAUCGGUUAUUUAACUUGGGGACGUUACACUUCUUUAAUACUUCAAAACUCUUAAAUAUGAAAGCUCACACACGCGGAUAUGCUUAUCAUCUGGCAACACCGUUUUAUACAAAAGGCAUUUCUUUGUCUAUAUGUCUUUUGGACAAAAUUCUCUUUUGUAUGAAGUAUAUCAUAGAAAAGCUCAGUUUCAAAAGAAUGGAUGGAUGUCCCUGUCUAUGUCUGAUAGAUGUCUGCACUAGGUAUAUCUGCUCUGUUGGGAUGUCUGGAACAAGCCGGCUGAUUCUCCUGUUGGUUCUACAAACUGGUUUAGUGUCUGGACCAGGUACCAGCAGGCUGUAAUCCUCCCGUUGGUUCUACAAAACCUUUAUUCUUGAUCAUCAACUUGGUUGUCGAGGCCUUUAGAGUUUCCUUCGUUUUUCCACCGGUUUUAAGAUUAUUCUAUGUUUUUCUUUAAUGAUUUGUUGUCUUUGAGAUUUUAUUUUUAAACGCUGUACUCAUUGUCAUGUUGUCGUUGUUGAGACCUUUUCGCUUUGUAUAUUUUUAAAUAAUGACAUUUUGUUAUUAAAUUGCCCUUAAUUGUU